UGCCGGUCGAAGAAGCGAACACAACGCGGUUGCGCAUGCGCGUGGAUCAUGUACGGAUCGGACGUGCCCAAAAUUCAAAUAUUGGCUAAAGAACGUUAACGGCGACGGUGACCAAAAAUAGAGUUCUAACCGCAAGUGACAAGUGACCGACAGCCAAACAUAUUAAAAUUUAUAUCCCCAACCAAAAAAGCAUGCGUGAACGCAGUCAAACGACACCGAGAAGGCGUCGAGCUGGUCCAAAACAGGCCUUGCCCGAGGGAGUGGGUGCCCUGGAAUCGCCCUAUUACACCAUUGACAAUACGGAGGAUAUUUAUGGGACCACCUUGCUGCCCUCGCAACGCUGCUACGUGGAUCCCUGGGAUCUGGAGAACUAUGACUAUGUGCGCAAGAAGAUCGAUGAUGUCACCGGUCAGGAGGCGAUUGAGCCCGCCUACGGGGGCGGCAACUCCCUGACCCCCAGUCCCACAUACGGCUAUGGAAUGGGAGCGGGCAUGUCCGCCACUAUGCCACGCCCACACACCCAGACACGUCGCGUGUCGCGUGCCCAAUGCCAGCUGGAGUGCUGUGUGCCCCAGAGGACUCGUCGCCGGAGUCGAAGUGCCCGCAAGGAGCCACUCUACACGGCCAGGAGCGAUAUAUACGGGGCACCCAGUCGCUAUGAGGACUACAUGGCCACCAUGACCAGGCAGUUGCACCUGGACAACGACGGCGAGGAGGAGGAGGAGUUGCAGGUGGAGGACCUUUACGGCGAGGAGCAGCGCCAACUCUACAAUGGCUUUGGUGGCUUUUCCAGUACCAGUUCCACGGAGCACCCCUCCUCCAUCGGGGAUGAGCAGCCCGUACUCCAGAGACGGGCUGCCACCCUCCAGCGUCGUUCCGUUCCCAGUCAGAUGAACAGCCAGAAGAUCAACAACUAUGGAACCGCCCCCCAUCCGAGGCGCAAGCGAAGCGGGAAGACGGCGCCCCUGGCCGCUCCCCCUCAGAUCGAUUUUCCGGCCCCGCCGCCACUGUCGCCCGCCUACGACUACUGCAAUCCCUUCGCUACACUGCCGUACUGCAGCAUACCGGAUUGCAGCGAAUGUCACCAGCAGAUCUACGCCGCACCCUCCACCCUCUACGGUACCAUGGGCGGAGGCAGAGGAGGCGGAGGAGAUGGAUCCCGGAUGAGGGGCUCAUCACCGCACUCCAGCGGAGGCGACUCGUCGCUCUACUCGGGAAUUUACGCCCGUAAAUUCGGACUGAGCAAGAAGGGUCUGCUCCAGAUCGACUACUCCUGCAGCUGGAAUGAUCUGGACCGGGUGAUGCAGGGCCAUUGUUGAGAUCUAUGGGACAACUGCAUCUGGCCUUGGGUGCUUGGGUUAGGGUUACCAUCACGUUUGCACCGAUCGCGAACAGAAACAUCUUUGUACUUAAGUCAUUUUGCAUAUAAACAACACACACACACACAAGACCAAAUAACUGAACAUGUUUGUCGUAGAUUUAUAGUUUUUCAAUAUUGAAAUUUACGAAAUAAACUAUUGAAAGUCAAA